AUGACAGAAGAUGAUGAUGUAGCGAUCGCUCCAUCCGAAUUGGGAACAAAAUCGUAUUGGGAUUCAAGAUAUGAACUGGAAUUGCACAAUUUCGAAGAGUGCGGGGACGAAGGCGAGAUUUGGUUUGGAAAGAGCGCUGAGAAAAGGAUCGUCGAUUUCGUCACGACGCACGUACCCAAAAACUGCUCCCAUUCUCGACCUCGGAUGCGGGAAUGGCUCGGUUUUAAGAAGAUU